CGACGUGUCUCGUUUUGCGAUUGAAUUUCUCUCUUGUGGAAUUAAUAAAGUGAAUUAUUAUAUUAGUGCGAAGAUUAAAGAUUAUUAAUCCACUGCCGCGGCGGUGGUGGUGCUUGGCAAACAAAAGCUCGGAACGUACGAGUCAGGUUUCCGAAAUCCUUUCGCGCGCGUUUGUACAGCUUUCCGGUAACUAUUCGAAUCGAUCGAUGGAUUUGUGCUUCGGCAUACGAAGCGCAAAUAGAACUGUUAAGUGAUGAGAAACUGAAUUGAAGUGAAUUGCAGUGCGUUUAAUGGCGUCAACAGCAUCAACACGAAUGAACACGAUCUAGCGCUUUUUGUGUUAAUUUAACAAACAAAUAUCUGUUCUCCCGAUUGGUGAAAAAAAUUCUCGAAUUCUAAAAUGCUGAUCGCAAGCGCAACCAACAAUCAAGCGAUCGCUCCUUCGUCAUCUGUGAAGCUACGAAGAUCCCGCCGUUUGUCGUCCACCAGAGGAUUAAGGCAACGAGCAACCACGAAUCUUCCGAAGGGCUCUCUUCAUUUGGGCCAGGAUCUUAAUCAGAAACUCCGUCCGCGUCCUGCAGAGACGGGCAAAAGCGUCGACGAAGACAACACCGCAAGCGGACUACCGAUGAAUUGGGAGAUGAACGAAAGGAUCAGUUUAAGCAGCGGCUCCAGUAUUGGAUUGGCAGUUCGUCCCGAUGGCAGAAAAGGCAUCGAAUUCAGUGAGAAUCGCAAAAGAGAGACGGCGGAUGGUAGAGCGAAAAUCAACGAAUGCCCUUCGGAACGGAAUCGCGAGGCCAAGUCUUCAUUGUUAUCCAAACCGACGUUGGAGCUAAUGAACGUGUCUGGUUUCCCCCCCGUGAAUAUCGAUCGGAAGUAUCGCGGCACAAUCGGGAUCGAUAAAGCUAACGGUAACGUUCUCAAGAGCGAUUCGAAGUACGAAAUUGGUAUUCCCAGUUCCGCGACAAGAAAACAGAAGCGACAGGACGCGCUUAGAAAGGACAAUAUCAAUACAGCUAGAACAUGGAACGAAGAUAAACCCGGCAAUUCUAUCGCCAAACGUUUGGAACUAAUUCACGAGCUUAAUCAGAAAAUCUUGGCCAACUACGAAAGGUUUCAGCAGAGAUCGAAGCGCGUCAAGAGCGCGAAAGAGCAAGCGAAAAGCUGCGCCAAAGACAGAACCGACGGUGAGGAACACAUUUACGCAGAAAUCAAAAGAAAGAACAAGACAAGUUCUAGAACGAGCGACCGAAAGAAUCAGAAUAUUCUCAAACAAGAUGUUCCCGGUCGCGAUACUUGCAAAAAGAAUUCUCUCAGACGAGGAAAUAAUCUCGGUAAGUCGAACUUGUCGAAAAAUUGUUGCGAGAAGAAGAUCAGCAGCGUGGAGGAUCGAGCGGAGACGGAGAACUCCGAUCCGAGGGUUAAAAAUAAAUCCGAUCGGAGAAUCGUUUGCGAAAAUACAAAUUUUAGCAUGUCAACCAAGGAGAAUGUUUCCUGUCGAGCGAGCGAAAGAUCGACGUUAUCGAUAAGCGCAAAAAAUACGAGACAACAGUUGCUGGAAGAAAGUUCGAUAUUUUACGGGAGCGAAGACGUAAAUCAGAUUGAAUUAAAUACCGAAGAUUAUUUGGAGAGUUCCAAAUUCUAUCCCGAGAAUUGCGAUUUGUAUAACAACGAACCGAAGAAUAAAGACGCAAAGGUGAAUGCAAAGGAUAACAUUCCCGAGAUCGAUCGAUUCGAAUUGCGGAAAGACGACGCCAAAUCGACGCCGAGGAAGAACGGAGAUCCACUCGUGAUGGACGAGAAGAUCUUGGAGAGCGAGAUUCUGGAGAAGCUGGAUGAGACGAUCGACAGAUUCGAUAGCGAAAAGACGCAGCCGACGUCCGGGGACGUCAGCAACGAGGAUAAGGACGGCAGUUUCAGCACGGAUUCUAUACAGAGUCGGAGCCUUUCGAGCGCGAAAAGCUUGAAGGACGCUAACCUACCGGAUACCUUCAAUUCCUCUUGGGACUCGGGAGUCGGGGUGGACGUUGGCAAAGGAAGCGGAUGGGUGAGAAUACACACCGGUAUCGAGAGCAGCCUCGUAUAUCUUACUCUAGACACUACAGCCAAGGACGUCUGCAGGGACAUGCUGCUGGGAGACGACUUGUCUCUGUUUGUCCAGUAUGGCGGCGAGCCAGGUAGGAGGUUGGCGUCCCAGGAGAAGCCGCUGGAGAUUCAGGAUCAAUUUCUUCAAAGGCUCGGCUACCAGGAACUGUCUCGACGCACUCGUCUGGGAGUGGAUCCCGAACUCAGGCAUCUUAUCGGUUUUCACGUAGGACCCGCAUCGCCAUUGUUGGAUUUGGCAGGAUACAGCCGUUGCGGCUACACUCUGGUACUAAAGGGGUUGGUUUUUCCCCAAUGGAAACGACGACCCUUGGCCGUCAUCGGCUCCAGGCUCUUUCUUUAUCCAGCUUGUCCAGAAUCACGAGCGGAAUGGCUGGAACUGGGCGGCGGAGGUGGCGCGGUGUGCUAUGCGCCGUCACGUUUGGGCAAACUCGUUUUGCGUGUGACUGGAUUUCCCAGGGUCACUCAGCAGUGCCAUGUGAGCCAACACCCGGAAGAGAGUCACCAUCGCGAGACCAGGCACUUGUAUCUAGGUUUCCAUCAUCCUUGGGAUCGAGAUCUAUGGAAGAGCUGGAUCAAAGAGGCUACGCAGUUGUCAUCAUGUCCGAAAAAAUUGGAUCUGAGCAAAGGAGGUCUGUCGAGGAUUCCCGACAGUGCGAUUGCUUUUCCGGCAAUAGAAGAGCUCGCCUUAGGAUACAACAAGCUUACUAACGUGGACAACAAUCUGAAGCUUCUACACAGGUUCCCCAAACUUCGUGCCGUCCAUCUGGAGAGUAACGAGUUCCACAGAAUCCCGAGGGAAUUGCUGGAACUGCCGGCACUGACCUAUCUUAAUCUCUCGGACAAUAAGAUCGAGAUAAUUUCAAUUGACAUCUGCCAGCUGGUCAAUUUGAAAGAGCUUAUCCUUGACCGUAAUGGCAUCAAGGACCUACCGGAUGAAGUGAUACGGCUGAGAAACCUAAAAAGUAUUUCCCUUGUUGGAAAUUUACUCAGCGUCGCACCAUCUUUUUUCAAGAUGCGAGCUCUUACUCUGACGGAAGUUCUGUCAAAGACAGACCAUGGAAAACCUUACAAAGAUGAAAAAACCAAUCAUAGCAGUUUGCACAAAAUCAAUCUGAGAAACAAUCAGCUGAAAGGAAACAUAAUUUUGGGAAAUUAUGGUAAUCUAACGCAUCUGGACGUCAGUGAAAAUAGCAUCGAAAAACUGGAUAUUAGCGCUCUGCAAGAAUUGAGAAGCGUGCGCUGUGCGCGAAAUCAAUUGACGGAAUUAACUCUUUGCGGUCGAAAUCUCACAUCACUUAUCGCUGGAAACAAUAAGUUGAAGAAGUUGAUUGUCGAACCUGUGCCAAUUAAUCUCGAGCAUUUGGAUGUUUCCUACAACAAUUUGGACGCUUUGCCAGAAUGGACAACCGAAUUGCCAGCUUUACGCGUGCUUUUCGCAUCGCACAACGCUCUCACAGCUCUUCCAGACAGGCUGUUGUCGCAACCAUCGAGAUUAGAAGUUCUUCAUCUACCUCACAAUCGAUUACAAGCGCUGCCACCUCCCAGAAGACCACUGAACAUUGUCCAUUUGACUCUCCAAGGCAAUAUGUUAACCACGCUGCCAGUCAGCUUUUUUACAAACACCGAAAAGAUGAAAGUUUUAAACCUCUCCAACAAUCGUCUUUCCGAACUUUCGUAUCGCGAGGAAGCUGGCAAAAAUCAUCAGGGAUCACACACUUUGGAGAAAUUAUAUCUUACAGCAAAUUGUCUAACUGAUACGGCACUCGACGCUUUGGCGAAGUUCACGUCUUUGAGAGUUCUUCAUAUUGCUUACAACACCUUAGACACUCUUCCCGAAAGUUGCAUAGCCGCAUGGAGCGAUUUAGAAGAGUUAGUAUUGUCCGGAAACAGAUUGCAGUAUCUUCCGGACAAUGUAGCAAAUCUGCAUCACUUGCGCGUGUUGCGUGUACACUCGAAUCGCCUCUUAACGUGUCCCACCUUCAGUAAAACAACGUCCUUGAAGGUACUCGACAUGGCACAUAAUCAGUUGGAUAGAAUAAAUCUAGCUACUCUAGUACCACCGCAACUGCAAUUUCUUGAUAUAUCUUGCAACUCUCGACUGCAUGUAGAUCCGCGACAGUUUCAAGUCUACAGAUCUCAGAGACCAAUAUCGUUAGUAGAUGUGUCUGGACAGAACAGGCCUAGUUUGCCGUCUCAUCCGCAUCAGCAAGAAAUUGUCGCGGCUGAAAAGAGUGUCGAACAACCGUGGCGAGUCGGUUUCUCAGAAACUUCAGGCUCGCGUGAAAAGCUAUACAUUUCCCAAGUGCGGAUGCCGUCUUUCUGCAACGUCGAAGGUUUGUUUGGCAUAUUUGACGGUGGUUCUAAUCAAGAAGCACCUAACGCCCUUCAAGAGAUGAUACCCCGUCUCUUGCUCGAGGAACGAACAGUCCGGGAAACGUCAAAAGAGUACCUGAAAUACACUUUACUAUCAGCACACAGAGAGCUUAAAGAGAAAGGUCAAAAAUAUGGCAUUGACGCGACUCUGGUCCACGUGAUAAAACUACCGUCGCAACAUGGAUAUCCGAAGGCUCCAGCCAAAUAUUCUCUGAAGGUGGCUUCUUCCGGUGAAGCUAAAGCCGUUCUUUGCAGAGCCGCUGGUCCUUUGACUCUUGCCACGUCGAAAACAUCGAAAUCGAUCAGGAGUCAGUUGGGUAACGCCGCUAUGUUUCCUCUGGCGGUGCCCGAUCCUGUAUUCGAGGAAGUAACGUUAGAGGACGAUGAUGAGUUUAUUAUAAUCGCUAAUCGGAGAUUAUGGGAAGUUCUAAGCGUACAAGAAGCUGUGAGAGAAGCUAGAGCCGAGGCCAGUCCGGUUUUGGCAGCUAAACGGCUUCAGGAUCUAGCGCAGGCUUAUGGUGCGGAGGAUAAUUUGAGCGUCGUCGUCGUCAGGUUGACGGGACCAAGUCCGGCUGAUAUGGAUCAACUCAUGCGAGAGCUCAGACACGCCGUCGGUAAAAACAGAAGCCAGACUGACGGCGUGUGUUCUUGUCCUUGUUGUGUGCCGGCGACGGCGCACAAGCCGCCAACGGCCUGCUGCUGCCACACGAACGAAGGCUAUUAUCUAAAUGGCGUAUUGAAGAAUAUAGUUGGCAGAUCCAACAAGGUUCACGGUGGUUCUGGAAGAUAUUUCAAAAACUGUAGAUCAACGCAGGAGAAUGAGAGUCCUCCUUAUAGAGAUGACCGCAGCUCGCCGAGUGGGCAAUCUGAUCAAGCUAGCGAUAGCACUUUCAAGUCUCGUCAUCCAUCGGGAAGGAUGUGGUCUGGAAGCGCAGCUUCUAGAGCGACAAACAAAGCUCAUCAAAGCGUUCUCAUGCAAGAGAACGGAACGCGAAAGGUAUCAUCUUGCUUGUCUGCGCAAGAGGACACUGUGUCAGAGAGAUCCGGGGCUCUUAGCGAGGAGCAAUUCCGUUGUUGGGAGUACAUGCUUGAGCAGAACACUCAACUGUUGUUCGACAAGGAACUAGACACGCUUACAAAAGCGCCGUUGCAUCGAGGCCAAUCAAGGUCGACGCCCCAGCUAGGCGGCAACUUGCCCUUUCUAUCGAAGAGAUUUGGCAGCGCCAGAUCCUUCAAUCCUUCGCUGCCGCGACCACCGGUUGUUCGUUUCGGCAGCGGUCGGAGAUUGUUGAACGGUGGACCGAACGCCGCUUACUUCGGCAGUCUGCAAAGAUUGAUGCCGUACAAUCUUGAAUACGACUUCGCGGUUAUUCAGGAGAGAAACGGCAUGGAUUCGUUGGAGCAAGACGCUACAAGAAUGCAGCAAUAUUGGGGAGUGGCCACUACCGAACUAUGAACGAAGAUCUGCUACUAAUUAGAAACAACAUGUAAAAACUUGCGAAAAAUUUACGGCGAUCUUUAUCCUGUGAUAAAGUGCUCAAAGUUGAAUUCUA